UGCCAACGGUAAAAAUGUCCCACUGGAGGGGAGCAACUUGAGAAUUAUAACAACAUAUAACAACAGCUGGAACGGCAGGAACAGGAACCAUCUAGGACAGGAACCCCCAAAUGAUCUGGAACCUCAGGAACCCUCUAGAACAGGCCUACAGGAACGCAGCAACACCGGAACCAGGAACGUAAACAAAGGCGACCAUGCAGGCAUUUGGCACCCAGGCACACCCAGUAACAGGAGACAGGAACCUCACAGCGACUUGAAACUGCACUGCAGGCUGUAGGUCUCUCCAAUGGACAGUAAAUAGAACAUGCACAUUUACCUUAUUUGUAUGCUGCCAAGAUUGCACACACUUGACACUCGAAUCGAAUCUCGUCGUUUUGCCCGUAACGAAAAAUGUAAAUAUCCGAAACACCUUAUAUAUAGCGAACCACAAAUUAUCCGGCCGAAGGAUCAAAAAAUGUAUUGUUACAUGAAACUUGUUCCAAUACUGGCCUGGCUGCUUCAGUAUCGAAAUCGAAGAUCCAGCCUUUGCCAAAAUGCUGGUUUAGUUAGUGGACUGUAUAUUUGAAUUGCAAUAAAACUCUUGACUCGUAAAAAACCCCGUAUAUUCUUCGAGGACAGAUUACACUGAUUUUUACAAGAAAAGACACGAAUUGAGACUUAAACGUAAUGAAUAAAAUGUGGAUAUCAAGGCGCGGGGGCAAACCCGACUGUCAACAAAAAAGCCGAAACAUCAAACGUAAGUGUAAAAACACAGUGGACGCCGAUUUCCUGCUUACCGGCAGCCAGCGCCGAUCGGCGCCUAUAAGCUUCUAUAAUAAAUAAUGCUUUCAAGUUAGCAAUAACACAAUAGAGACAGGCUCAGGCUUGUUGGCGCUGGUAGUCGGCGUCACCGGUUUUACCGGAAUGAUUAUUUAGUUCUUUCUAGCCGGUUGUUCGUACAGGCAGACAGAUACAGCUAUGGAUGUAGAGAUUUUAAUAGCAUCAGUGUAUAAGAAAUGCCCAAUAUGGGAUAAGAAAAGUAAAUUACACAGCAAUAGAAAUGUUGUUGACAAAUGUUGGAAAGAAAUUGCUGAAGAAAUGAAAGAGGAUGAAAAUAAACUGAGGAAAAAAUGGAAGUAUAUCAGGGAUCAAUUUUCCGUAGAAUUAGGAAAAUUUCCUCCUCCACGUUCAGGUGAUGCCGCAAAUGAUACUCCGACAUCCAAGUGGCCAUACUUCAAACUGCUCUUAUUUUUGAAAGAUACGGUAAUGCCUAGAAAGUUGAAAGGAAAUUUGCCACAAGUAAGUGGUCGUACUGAAAGCUUUGCAGAAAGUCAAACUGAAGCAGAAGAGUCGAUUCAGUCAUCGAUGGAAUUAGACGAGACCAGCUUUUGUUCCACUGAAGAUGUUGUACCUCCUCAACGAAAUGCUGGCGAUGAUAUCGUAGAAAAUACAAGGCAAGAAAAUAUUAAAACACCUUCGAGAACAAAAAGGAAUACUGAUGUAUCUUCGACACCACAAUUUUCAUCUAAAAAGAAACGAGGCCCAACAGAAAUAUUUAACGACUCAUUAUUAGAAAUUGAGAAACAAAAAGUAGCAUACCUAGAGUCAAAAUCUAAGCGAGCAAAUGAGAAAGAAGAUGAACACCUCUUGUUUUUUAAAAGUCUUCUGCCUCAUGUGAAAAAAAUUCCUGAGUCACGCGUAUUAGCUUUUCGAUGCCGGGUUCAAGAGCUAGUUGAACAAUUUUCAUACCCGCUAAAUAGGUUCGAAUCUGUUCCAUCUACGAUCCUUGGUCCUUCAACUUCCAACUCAUCUAUUUCCAAUCAAUCACUGAAUUACAUCGAUAGAAAUCGUUUCACUGCAGAAGAAGAAUGUACAAGUCUCAUUUUAUCAAACAUGGAACAACCUGAAACGGUUUCUGGUACUUCCGAAUGUCCCCCACCACUGUCCUUCUUUUUGAAAUAAAAAUUUAAUCAACCAU